AUGUCUGCAAGUAAAUUCACCUCGGAAUCGGAAACAGAUGUAAUCAUUCUCGGCGCCGGACCUGCGGGUCUGAUGGCUGCCUACUGGAUGGCACGUUACGGGAUCCGCACCCGAAUCAUCGAUAAACGUCCUACAAAGGUGUUUACCGGGCACGCCGAUGGAAUACGUAUGCGGACGUUGGAAAUCUUCGAUAGUAUGGGAAUCUAUCACAAGGUUGAUUACGAGGGACAUCCGAUCGUUGAACCUGGGUUCUGGGUACCCGGACCAGAAGGCAAGUUGGUUCGCCAAGGUCCUAUUACUCCGGCCCAAGUUCUUUUAUCGCCGUACCACCACAUGGUUUUGAGCCAAGCCCGUAUUGAGCGGUUUGUGCUGGAUAGUAUCCGAGAGCAUUCGGAUAUUGAAGUUGAGCGUGGUGUUCUUGCCGAGUCGUUUGAGUAUGAUGAAACGUCCGAUACCAAGUAUCCUAUCACCGUUACUUUGCGCCAUUCCGGUUCCGAGAAGGAUAUUACGAUCCCUGGUGACUUGGAAGAUCGGGAAUGGGAGUAUUUGACUCGGCGGAAACGAUCAGCUGGAAAGGAAAUUGUUAAAGCGAAGUAUAUCAUCGGCUGCGAUGGAGCGCAUAGUUGGACGAGGAAGCAAUUGGAUAUUCCAUUCGAAGGGGCAAGUACGGAGCAUAUUUGGGGUGUGAUCGAUGUCGUGCCAUUGAGUGAUUUUCCGGAUAUCCGUCGACUGGUCACGGUGACCAGCACAGUAGGAACGAUCCUAGUAAUCCCACGCGAAAGAAAACUAGUCCGCUUCUACGUCCCUGUUCACGUUGCCAACGACGAGACCGACAAAACCCGCUUCGACCGCUCAACAAUCACACCUGAAAAAAUCAAAGCACGCGUCCAAGCCAUUCUAGCCCCAUAUACCUUUGACUUCGAAAUCAUCGAUUGGUGGACGGCAUACCAGAUCGGCCAACGCAUCGCACCAACAUUCGCAAAAGGGGACCAUGCAUUCCUGGCCGGUGAUGCGGUGCACACGCACUCACCGAAGGUAGGCUUAGGCAUGAAUGUGAGCAUGCAAGAUGGAUUCAACAUCGGCUGGAAGAUUGCUUUAGUGGUAGCUGGUGUGGCGGACCCAGCUAUUCUGAAGACUUAUAACGAUGAAAGACAUCGGAUUGCGGAAUUAUUGCUCGAAUUCGAUAAAGUAUGGUCGUCUUAUUUUACGGCUGAGACUAAGCCACCGUCACCUGGGGAUGGGCCAGGUAAGACGGAGAAUAUGAUUAAGGUUGUGGAGGAGUUUCAGAAUUUUGCGGAUGGUUUUAAGGCGUUUUAUGGUCAUAGUCCGUUGGUUUGCAAGGAAAGUGAGCAUGAAGGGCCUGCAUGUGCGAUUAACCUCGUUCCUGGGGAACGGAUUCCAUCGGCGAAACUUCGUCAGCCGGCUGAUUCGACGGUGGGAUGGUCGAUGGGGAUUAUGAAGAGCGAUGGGCCUUUCAGACUUGUUGUUUUGGCUGGGGAUAUUCGUGAUGAGAAGCAGAAGGCGCGAGUUGAUGCUCUUGGCUCUUGGCUGCAGGGUCUGGAUGAGAGGCCCUCUAUUUUGACGCGUUAUGCUUCGAUUCCGGGACGAUUCGAUAUUGUUGACACAUUGACGAUUCACAGUGCUCCGUGGACGGAGGUGGAGUUCUUUGAUUUCCCCGAGAGCUUGCGUCCAUUUGAUCCUCUGAUGGGCUGGGCCUAUGACAAGAUUUGGUGUGAUGACCCCGUUGUUUGGGAUAAAGAAUGUGAUGGAAAGGCGUAUGAGCGAUGGGGCGUUGAUCGAAUUCGUGGUGCGAUGUUCAUUCUUCGACCAGACCAGUACGUUGGAUGGGUUGGCGAGUUAGAAGACGUGGAGGGUGUGACUCGUUACUUGGAUGGUUUCUUGACCCAAAACGCGACACCAAGUGCAGAGUGA